GAAGUUGAGAUUGUAAAACGAGGGAAGUCAAGUUUUUUCCGUAAAGUAGGAAGGCAUAUUAUGGAUGAAUCUAUGAAGGUGGAUAAUUUGUGUACUUUACAUCAAAUCAUAGAAGACGUUCUUAAGGAAACU